AUGACGUCGCAUCGGACAGGGACAAACCCUGAGCGCGAAACGCGGGGGAUUACGAGUGCUGAAGGCGGUGAGUUGAAUGCGGGGGCAUUGCUUGGGGGCGUGUUUGCGUCGGGGGAACCGAAGCACGCGCUAGACGGGUUAUCCGAUGCCGCGCAAAACAUUGCAGUCGGUGUGGGCGUCGGUCUUGGGGGCCUCGUGGGGAUUCCUGUUGCGAAGUGGCGUACAGACGGAGCGGUGGGAGCUGCCAAAGGGGCCGCCAUGGGGGUUGCCGCCCUUCUUGGCAUGACAACGUACGGCGUGGUGCAGGGGGCGGUGCAGGUUGCGAAAGGCGUGUGCCACACGAAGGAGGCGGUGGUGGAGGCGGCGAAGGGCGAGCGGUACUGGGACAGUCAGGAGGGGCGCUGGGUGGAGGUGCACCUCGACUCCGCCUUUGCAGAGCUGCCGGCGGGCGAUGACGAUCUCUUUGCUCGGGCGCAUGAAGCGUUUAGGCAGACGCCUAAGACAACAUCCUCCGCGGGGGACGACGCCACCGCUGGGGCAGCCCCUCCGUCCUCGCAAGACUACUACGUCAUCCUCGGCGUCCCACGGACGGCGACGGCGGCGGAGAUUCGCAGGGCGUUUCACCGUAUGGCCCUCGCGAUGCAUCCGGAUAAAAACCCGAACAACGCGGAGGCGACCCUGCGCUUUCAGGAGCUUUUGGAGGCGAACGCCGUCCUCUCCGAUGAGGGGCGCCGGGCACACUACGACAAAUACGGUGCCGUCGAUGAUAUCCCCAACAAUGCGUCCUCGUUCACGCAGCUGGAGGAGGCGCUUGGGGCAACCUUUAUGGAGGUCUUUGUCGGACGGCUGUCGUAUGCGCUGUACUUUAUGCCCAACAUGUUUAUCACGGAGCCGCUAAAGAAGGAGUUUCAGCGGCGGCGGACGCUGCGCCUGGCGCAGCGCCUCAUCUGUUUUGUCGACGAGGAGGUUGGAUUAGAUGCGGCGUUGCCUGCAAUACGCGAUGCCGUCUCCACACGAAUGGGUCCGAAGUUGAUGUCUAUUGUGGGUCAGCAGUACAUCGCUGCCGCUCGUCAGCAUCUGAAUGAGAGUUCUUUCCAGCGGCAAUUGGAUAUUUUUGUCACCUCUAAGUGGUCCGCUCUUGUACAGAUGGCGGAUGUGGCGAAAUCGGCGCUCAGCGCGGUACGGCACACACGGGACGAGGAGGGUUGGAUGGGCGUGUUACUCGCUCUUUGUGGGGGAGACGUGCGGCGAACUGUUCUGCGUGCAGCUCGCCUCAUUUUGUAUGACAACUCUGUGCCCCCGGAGAAGAGGGAGCGGCGGGCCAAGGCGCUGUUUAUGCUAGGGAAGAUGGUGAUUGAGGUGUGCCGCUCUGCUCAAUCAAGUGAAUGA